AUGGGUGGAUGGAGGCUGUCAGACGACCGCCGCGCCUACCGGAUGAACAAGUGCGUCGGGGACGUGUGCGGGGCGCGACUCAAAGAGUACAGGGAGAAGCCUCGGGGUACUUCCUUCGAGGCACUCGGCUCCAUGAUCAAUGCAGCAGGCGCGUGCCAUGCCGACGUCGCCGUCAAGAGGCACGGCUGCAGUUCGGCCAUCGAGAAGCAGCGCCCGCUAUGGAAUUGCCCGAGAGUAUCGCGGCAGAAGAAAUGGGGCCUGAUGUACAAAGUAGCAACAUCCAGUUAUUCGUGGUGCGUGGGCGCAUGGAUUGCCAAUCGGCGCGAGUUGUCUUCCUUGACAACAGCUUCUACGAAGGCGGCAAAAUCCACUUUGCGGGUUCCUCGGGAGCGGGGUGACACCGACGAGGCGCGCCACCAGACCUGCAGACGCAUUCUCCGGGAUACGAUCAUCAAGGCUGGGCUGGCCGACGUCGACGUCUACGUGCUGAGCAGGAUGCGCGACUACACGGGCCACCUCGCCCAGGCCAUUCGCCGGGGUCCAGAGCAUCUGGUCGGCGCUGUUAUCCGGCACAGGGAUCCCGCGUGGAAGCGCAUCAUGACGGACACCAUCGGCCAUCAGGGCCACCCAGACCGGACGCGUCGACUGGUUCAAGCGUGUCCCGACAUCGACAAUAUUGACGAGGUCACGGAGGCGGGGAAGCUGACGGGCCGGACACGCGUCUUCGAGUUUUUCUUGUCGAAAAUCGACCUGUCCAACGUGAAUGAGACGGGGAACUCAGCCGAGAAGUUCUUCAACAAGCUUCAGUGGGAGCCAGGAGAAGGAUUCCCCGACUGGACGGCACGACGGGGAGCACACGAGCGCGACCUCCUGUCACAGGUGAAGGCGGUGGACGGUUCGGUGGAGGAGGUCAUUGCCGCGCCACUGAGGACGUGGUGGUACCUGCGCCGUUCACGGCUGACGCCCGUGGCAAGAGGCGAUGUCACAGCGAUGGCGGGCGGCGAUUACGAUUUCGACAAAACGUACAAGGCCCUGUGCACUCGGUUUCCGCUGGAGGCGCUGAAGGAGCUCGACGGGGUCCGCGACAAGAAGGAUCGGCGCGCCGGGCUUGUCGGCGAGGCUGACCAGGACAACGGCGACCUAGAGGAUCGGACCGAGAACGCGGACAUCGUGGGCAAGCUCGUGAGCCUAGCGGACGCGGAGGACGCGCUGCUGCUGGAGGACUCCGAGGUGCUCGACGAGCCCGAGGACGGGACCUACGCGGAGUUCAAGCAGAUGGGCUUGAUUUUCAAGGACGCCAGAGACCUCGUCAGGAAGCUGAAGGUGGCGAGGGACAACUAUCCGGUCUGGCGCCGCGCCCUCCUGAAGGCCAAGGACUGCCCAGAGAGGACGAAGGGACAGGGCAAGCACCAACCGACCGAGACGAAAUCGUUCGCGCUCCUCGAGCUGGGCGAGCUGGUGCUCCUCCUGGACGACGCGAGCGGCAUCUGGGCGAUCCUUGACUGCGGGGCGACACGGAGCCUCAUCGGGGUCGCGAUGGCUGACUUCCUGGCAUGCGACAUGAGGGAGAAGCACGACGUGGAGUUCAACCUGGCUGAGUCGACGAGAUACUUCGCGUUCGGGGAGAAUAUCGAGAUCUCCGUCGUGGACAAUCACAUGCCGCUACUGAUCGGGAUGGACAUCCUGGGGCCUGAGCACACCGGCGCCCGAAUCGUCUGUAGGAGCGGCUACCUGAUGACGCCUGAGAUCUCCAACCACAUCUUCCAGUGCCGGUCCCCGAUCAUCGACGGGGACCAUGAGGGCCAGACUGUGCUCGCGGACGCGGCUGGGCAGGAGGGCUCUGGCGAGCCCCCGACGGGCGCCGCGGACAGCGCCCCCUUGGGGCGUGGCUGCUACUGCUCCGAGGACUCUAGGAGGUUCAACAUCGGCGACUUCGAAAUAUCCAUCCUCGACGAGGUCAUCUCGGGAGACGUCUUCGGGGUCGAAGCGAUCGAGUCCGGACUGUGGAACGACGCCGUUCCGUUCGAAGCUGCCGACGACUUCGACAGCCAGCGCGCCUGCGCGAGGACCUGGACGUCAUUCAGAGCGCGAUCGACCAGCGCGACAUCCUACCAGACGGUCGUCGGCGACCCCGUCAACUACCUCGCCCGACGCGGCCGCUACGACCUGCUGGAGGUCUGCAUUCCACCUGCGUCACUUCUGGCCCAGGCAGCGAUUGAACAGGGCGGCCUCGCCUUCCGCGCUGGUCGGACCUACGAGCAGACCUACGAGGCGCUGGUCACCGACUGCGCCUACGGCCUCAAGCGCCCUCGCAGUGGACGGCUACUUCGCAAGGUCUGGCGGAUCUGCUCCACCAGCCCCGCGCUCCAGAAGGCCAUCGGCAAGAGGUGCAGCAACCGCCCUGGUCGCCAUGGCAACCGCGAGCACGGUGGGAUUCUGGGCGGCAAGACCUCGGCUUCGACCGCCUUCUACCCCGAGGCCAUGCGCAAGGCCUGGGCGAGGCAUAUCCCCCGAGCCGGGGGCGGUUCAAUGGCUGGGGCCUCGGCGCUACUGGCGACCGACAUAGACGACGACGAUCUGAUCUUCGAGGGGGUCGAUGUGGACGUGGACCAGGAGAUGGCGCCACAGGCAUCCGACGAGGAGUUCGACGGGGACGACGUCAAGGCGCUAUCCAAGGAGGACGGCCACUUCACCUCCAAGGAGGCGCAGGAGAUCGAGCUCCGCCUCAGCUGUCUUCAUUGUAUCCUCGGCCAUCCCAGCGCCCGCGCCAUGUUCAAGAUCCUUGAGGAUUCGGGCGCCAGCUUGCAGGUCCUGAAGAUGGUCAAGAACUUCAAGUGUCACGCGUGCGACUCCUCAGUGUUGCCGAUGGCGGUGCGAACUGCGGCUGGAAUCGAGAUCCCCGAAGUCUUCGAGGUACUGGGGAGCGACGGCCUCGAGUGGACCGACCCUGUAGACGAUGCGAUCUACCUGCUGACGUUGAGCUUGAACGAGGGAUCCCGACUUACUCAGGUCAUCAACCGCGGCGACAAGUCCCAGAGGACCCAGCUCUUCAAGCGCGCUCUGGCCAAGUUCCGGAAGCAGAACCACGACUGCGACAUCUACGAGGCCAUCAGCCAUGUCACCCGCGCCAUCAACGACCCCGACAAGGUGGAGUACCCAGGGCCACGUCGCCAUGCUGAGCGCGCCCGCAGCCGCGUGACGACCCGCUGGAACGCCGGCGAGCACGUCAACUACUGGCGCAAGGGCCGCGGACCUGUGAAGGCUACCUGGUAUGGGCUGACGCGCGUACUGGUCCAGGAGCAGCGAAUCUUGGCGAAAUCUACUCGACGCGGGGCGACCAUGCUGGACCUGAUGGAGGUUGCCCGCCGCGGUGCGUUCGAGGACCUUUCCUACGAGAGCCGGCCCCGCAUCCAGCACUUCGAGCCGCGGGCGAUCGGGCCCAGCGAGUCCCUAGUGACCUCCAACGACGCUGAGCCGAUGGAAGCAGAAGCAGGCGAUCAUGGACUUGACGAAGUACACCCGAAGUACACCCCGAACCAGCAGGAGAGCCUACGCCACCAGCCACCUACCGAGCUCCACCGGCUGACGGGCGCCCUGAUCGCCCUGGCCCCUAAGCCGCCCCCCGCGGACCCAGGCGACCAUGCCCGCGACGAGCUGUUCACUGGGAUCACCUUCAAUGGGGCCGCGAGCGGCUCGGAGUUCGAGUUUCUCGAUGAGAACCUGACGUGCUACUGCGACAUGCUGAAGUCCGAGCUCGCGGACAGUGGGGGCCGUCGCAGACUGACGACCCAGAUGUUAGACUGCUUCGUGGCGAACCAGAAGCGGAAGGACAAUAUCGAGUUUCAUCGGGGCAAACUGUCCUCAUCCGAGAAGGACGAACUCCGCAGAGCUAUGACGAAGGAGGUCACCAACUGGAAGCAGCACGAGGACUUACGGCCUGUCCCGAUCUCCGAGGUGAAGGACCCCGCGGACGUGAGUCGCUGUCGGUGGGUGCUGACCCGCGAGAGCGACGGCGCGGCGAAGGCCCGCCUCGUUCUCCUCGGCUACCAGACCAAGGACAUCGGCCAGGCGAACGACCUCAAGAAGGACCUUUUCGUGGAGGCAGAUGAAGCUUUCUCAGCAACGUUCGGUGUCCGACCUGGUGAAGUACUGCGGGUGGUGAAACCGGGGUACGGUAUCGGCGAGGCGCCCAGGAGGUGGUGGCAGACGGCGACGGUGAAGUUGGACUUCGCAAGGACAUGUGCCCGGGAGACCAUCGAGCAGCGCGCGGCAUCGAUCGCAGCGUACGACAAGGGCUCCUUCCAGCACCAGCAGAGCUACAUCGACAAGCUGAAGGAGACCUUCCCGAAGCACCCGAAGGAGGCCAGCGACGCCGAGGGCGAGCAGAUGAUGGUGCGCGUGGUUCUAUACGAGGUGCUCUACGGGAAUUUCGACCUCCAUGAUCGCCAAGGAGCUUUUCAUCGUGUGCCUGGUGCCUUCGUUACGGGCUGCAUGGCGUUCUACGACGGCGCGGUGAAAUCCGAGUCGGCCGGGUUGGGCCUCGACGAGAGGAGGGCGGCACCCUCGCGCUUUGGGUGCGUAAUUAGUCAUGCUCAGCUCGCAGACGGCAUGACCAAAGCCAGCCUCCAGGCGUUCAACGUGCUCCACGCCUUCCUGAAGAACCAGCGCUGGAAGAUCGUGCAUGACGAGAGGUUCCUCUCCGCGCGGAAGAGGGCGGCGCUCGGGAAGGGGAUCUUCGACGAGACGAACGACACGGACCAGUCCGAGGCGAAGAAGAUCCUGGAGAGCCGGAGGCGCGAUCGGCCAGCUGGUAGCGACGUGGCUACCGCAGUGGGCGGGCGUGAUUUUACAAGCAAGACGGAGUUCCGCCUCAGACGGCGCAGCCAGCGCGCCGCCGACGAUCGCAGCUUGUUCAACCCGCGCGCGUUCUACCUCAUCUUCUACUUCGUCCUCUACAUAUUCAGUCACCUGCAGCUGAGCGUGCGCUCGUACAGAUGCUACGUCCAGGCUGCAAUGGUGCAGAUUACCGACUUCUUCAGAAUAUGCAACGCCGUGGAUUCCGAGUUCGACCAGAUCUAUCUGAGCCCCGCAGCCGGUCGUGAGAUCCUGAACAUCACUGACUUUGGGGAGGUUCUGAGAGCGGACUUGCAGUCCCUGGCAGCACCUGCACCCGAUGGGUGCUGCCUGCGGCGCGGCUGUCAGCUGCGCGGCCGCUUGCAGGUCUCGACGUUCGACGUUGACCAGGCUUUUGACACGAUGGGCGACGGCAGCAAAGGCGACGGCGGCAAGGGCGCAGGAUAUGGCUAUGGCAAGGGCUACGGUGGUCGCCCCUACGAGCAGACUCGUGGUUGCAACGACCGCGACGGAGAGUCCCGCGACGUGGAGUUCAAGCGCCAGGGCGAGCUCUUGGCAGGUGUUGUGGGCUCGCAGUUGAACCAAGCGUUGGCGGCGAUUGCAGUGCCAGCGGCACCAGCAGGUUCAGGUGCAUCAGGCUCGGGAGGCCCGUCGUUUCCGCCAAACCCACCCCCGGCUACGGUCGCCCUCGCCAAGAACGGCCAGAAUAUCGACGGCGUGCUCUCGAACUCUCAGAAGUGCAUCAUCACAGAUUUGUGCGGUGGGAAGUGUAAGAUGUCCGGGGGCAACUUCAAGGAGGUGAGCGACUUCAUCACCAAGUCUUGGACGUCGAACCCCACGGUGGUCAAGGCGCUCAACAGCUUCUGCAAGGACAACUUCGACGGCGACCCGCCCCGUGCCAAGAAGGAGCACAUUCAGUGUUUCUGGGAGGUACUUCAGCAGCUGCAGCCCGUGGAGGUCUCCGUGCGAUUCGCGGGUGAGUUCAUCCGCGGGGUGGGCCAGAGGGCGAACCUGGGGGCGGCCAGCAGCAUGUACUACGACAAGGAGAAGGGCCGUUGGCGUGAGCGCGGCAAGGAGCACCUGGAAGAGGAGGAGGAGACGCUGGCCCCUCCGCCCAUGGCGACGAAGAAGAAGGAGGAGCCCGCGGAGGGCGAAGCUGCCGGCGCCAGCGAGUCGACGUCGGGGCCGCCCGCUCCCACCCCGAAGGCCGCCACCGGCGCCGAAGCGCUCAUGGGCGGGUACGCUGGCGUCAUCGGCACACGUCACGCUGCCAAGCCGAAGGCGAUGCCGGCCAUGGCGCCGAUGCCGGGCGCCAUGUUUGGAGGUCUGUCUGCUGACAUGUUCGCCGACGCCCCCGUGAACACGGACGGCGACGAGGCGAAGGCCGACGAUGCGCAGGAGAAGAGCGGCGAGGGCGACGGCGACGCGCCGAAGGAGGCGAGCGGCACGGCCCCGCCCCCCGCGGGCAACCCCUUCGCCAAGCCCGGGUCCUCUACGGGGCCCGCGGUGAAUCCCUUCGCUCCGAAGGGCUUCGGCGCCCCCGUGGCGCAGCCGAAGAACCCGCAUGCGCCCCGUGCUUUCGGAGGCACCGCGGCCGUGCCGAAGAACCCGAACGCGCCCAGGGCUAUGAUGGGCGACGACGGGGCGCCGGCCAGGCCCAAGCGGCCCGAGCGGAGGCAGCCGAAGAAGCCCGCGGCGAGGCCGUCGCCCUUUGGCGCGCCGGGCGCGGCGCCAGGGCCCGCCGCGGGGGACCCCGACGUUGACCCAGAGGGCCCGGCGGGGGACGCGGGCGCGGAGGGCGCGGCGCCCGCGGCUGCCGCGGCGGGGCCCGCCGAGGCGUCCGACUCCGUCCCGAAGCCAUCGCCGGUCAACACGCGCAUGCCCGCCUUCUCGCGGCCGAGCGUGGCGGCGCCCCCCGUGGCCAGGCCCAUGCCCAAGCUGGGCGGCGGCGCCGGCGGCGGCGUGAAGUCCCCGUUCGCGCUGCCGGUGCCCUCGGAAGACGCCGAGGGCCCGCCUCCGGAGGAUGGCCCGGCGGCCGACGCCACGGCGGACGCCGCGCCUGCCGCGGAAGCCAAGCCGGCGGAGGGGGAGGCUGCCGCCAAGGACGCCGGCGACGGCUGGGGCGGCAUGGACAUCGACCUGCCCGCGGACGCUUCAGCGGAGGCGCCCGGCGCAGAGGCGGCGCCGGCGGUUGCCGAGCUGGCCGAGGAGAAGCCGGCGGCCGAGGUCAAGGACGCCGACGGCGGCUCGGGCGGGAUGGACAUCGACCUGCCCGCUGACGCUCCAGCGGAGUCCCGCAGCGCCGGGGGGGCGCCGGCGUCGGCCCAGCCUGCCGAGGAAGCACCAGCUGCUGAGCUCAAGGACGCCGACGGCGGUUGGGGCGGCAUGGACAUCGACCUGCCUACUGACGCUCGAGCGGAGACUCCCAGCGCAGAGGCGGCGCCUGCGGCCGAAACGCCGGCAGAACAAGAUGCGGCUGCUGGGGACAAGGACGGCUGGGGCGGCAUGGACAUCGACCUGCCCACCGACGCUCCAGUGGAGGCCCCCAGCACAGAGGCUGCGCCAGCAGCUGCGGAGCCUGCCGAGGCGGGUGCGGCUGCCAAUGUGAAGGUGAAGGACGCCGGCGACGGCUGGGGAGAUGGUAUGGACAUCGAUUUGGGUCUUGAUGCUCCAGCGGAGGCGGAGCCGGCCGCGGAAGAGGCGGCUGCUGAGGCCCCCGAGGCUGCCGCGCCGCAGGAGGAGGCCGCCCAGGAUUCUGCCCCUUCGCCGGCUGCCAGCGAGGAUGUGGCUGCAGCUGGGGAGGCGCCGCAGGCUGCGGCCGAGCCAGCUUCGGAAGUGAAGAAGGACGCUGGCGGCUGGGACGACGACUUCGACUUCGACGACCUCGACGAGCCGGCGCCGGCCUCCAAGGAGGCCGCCGAGGAGGCCGCUCCAUCCCCUGCGGCCGAGGAGGCCGGCGAGGAGGCGGCGCCCGCCGCCGACGCCACGGCGGCCGCGCCCGCCCCGGUCGCGGCUCCAGCCGAGCAGGAUAGCUCCUGGGUCGUGCUCCCGUCUCAGGGGAAGGAGGCAGCUGCCGCCGCGGUGCCGGGUCCAUCGACUUCAGAGGAGGGAGGCGAUGCCGCGGAGCAGCCGCCUCCGCCGUCGCAGGAGCCGCUGGGGAGGCAGCUCACGGGAGAUAUGACGCCGUCGAAGGCCGAGGCCCGCCGCGUCUCCUUCCACGCGGCCCCCGCGGACGCGGCCGCCGCGGCCCCCGGCGGGGAGGACGCGGCGGAGGCCGAGGCGACUUCCAGGCGUCCCAGCAAGGCCGGCAAGUUCAGGGACGACUCGCCGUCCCCGUCGUGGGGGCGCUCUGGCAAGGCCGGGAGCCCGGACCAGCGCGCCGGCGUCAGGGGCUGCCUGCAACGGCUCGCAAUGGCGGCCGAGUCCCAGCCGAACGCUCGCAUGUAUGUGGCCAUCAGCACCGCGAUGAUCGGUGCGAUCAUGUUCGGGAUCGACUGCGGCAACUUCGGAUCCGUGCAGGGGUUUGGCAGCUUCCGCGACACCUGGUGCCUCUGGAGCUACGGCGACGCCACGUCGUGCGGGGACGACGCCACCCAUGGGGCGGCCAGUAAUGCCAGGUGGCUGAAGGACUUCGUCACGCCGGCCUCGUCGCUGCUCUUCGCGGGAGCGGCGGCGGGGAGUCUGCUGCUGGGGCCGCCCGUCGCUCGCCGCUUCGGCCGCCGCCCGUGCAUCUCCGCGGGGGCGGCCAUCUGCCUGCUCGGCUGCCUGCUGACCUCCUACGUCACCCUCGGCAGCGACGCCGUCUUCUUCGCCGGGCGGUUCGUCACCGGGUUCGGCAUCGGCGUGUGCACCUUCGCCCUCCCGCUGUACAACUCGGAGGUCAGCGCCCCCGCGGUCCGCGGGGCCACGGGCUCGAUGUUCCAGGUCAACGUGGUGCUGGGGCAGCUGGUGGCGUCCGUCGUGACCUACUUCGACGACGACUGGCGCGUGGGCAUGCUGCUGCCUGGCAUCGCGGGCGUUGCGGUGGCCCUCGGGGUCUGGCUCGCGCCCGAGUCCCCGCGCUACGUCAUGGCGAAGCGCGGCCUCGAGGAGGGUGCCCUCGUGCUGGCGAAGGUGCGCGCCGGCAGCGUGAGCGCCGAGGCCGCGGAGGUGAUGGAGCAGUUGGAGCACGAGAGCAGCGCCGGCCAGGUCCGGUGGCUGGACAUGGUGGUGGGCUCCGAGGGCCACCCCAGCCUCCGCAGGCGCGUGCUGAUCGCCUGCUGGCUCCAGUUCGCACAGCAGUUCACUGGGAUGAACAUGGUGAUCAUGUUCUCGGCGGACGUCUUCAAGCUGAUGGGUUUCGAGAACCCCUUCGGCGCGAACGUCGCCUUCACCGCGCUGCAGGUCGUGGGGAUCGUGGUAGGCCUAGCCCUGCUCGACUCCCAGUGGGGCGGCAGGCGCAUCCAGCUCGCCCUGGUCACGGCGACGAUCUGCCCCUUGCUCGUCCUCGUGGGCUUCUCCUCCAAGCUGGGCUGGUCCACAGACCUGGAGCUGGCGCUCCUGUGCCUGUUCGCCUUCGUCUGGCAGCUGGCGUGGGGCAUGAUCCCGUGGGUGUACCCGUCCGAGCUGUUCACCAUGGCGGAGAGGGACAGGGCCACGUCCCUGGCGGUGUUCGUCCAGUACGCCGCCAACGCGGUGCUCACGGUCGUGGUUCCCGAGCUGCUCGACGCGCUCGGCUUCGCGGGGAUGGUCUGGUUCUUCGCGGCUUUCAAUGCGCUGAACCUGGUCGUUAUCGCCGCGUGCAUCAAGGAGACGAAGGGGGUCCCGCUCGAGGAGGUACCCCGCCUCUUCGCCGCCUCGGGCGUGGGAGCCAAGCCC